AUGCAAUGUCCUAAGUGUAAGGAUCUCAACAUUUCUUCCUUCUUCUGCGGCCAAGACUGCUUUAGGAAAAGCUGGUCGAGCCACAAGACGGUGCACACACAGAACCAGCCCAGCCAACCCAGCCAAACUACAAACGAUCCACAUCUCCUCAAACUUGCGGCUGCUCUCCAGCAAUCUGGCACCACCGGUAUCGGCAAAGGCGAGCCUAUCGAACAAGGCGCAUACGACCCAAAUCCAAAUCAUCCAUACACAGGCACACUUAGACCCCACUAUCCUCUUUCUCCGAGGUCUGCUGUCCCUCAAUCUGUUGCCCUCCCUGACUACGCUAAAGACGGUACGCUCAACCUCCUCAAAGCCACUUACGGAUUGGCCAAAGGUCUCGCUUCUGUAAAGAGGCUGUCCGAGGUGGAGAUUGAUACCAUGAGACGCGUUUGCAGGCUCGGCCGAUACGUCCUUAAUCAGACUGGAAACCAAAUCAAGCCAGGUGUCUCCACAGACCAGCUCGAUAAAUACGUUCAUUCGCUCUGCAUGGCCAACAACGCCUACCCGUCUCCGCUCAACUACCAUGGUUUUCCAAAAUCAGUUUGCACCAGUGUAAAUGAAGUCAUCUGCCACGGCAUACCCGACAAGCGCAGACUGAAGCAGGGCGACAUUAUUAACCUUGACAUAAGUCUGUUCAAGAAUGGCUUCCACACGGAUCUCAAUGCUACUUUCGCUGUUGGGGAGAUAGAUGGCGAGAGUCAGCGGCUGAUCGACACUACGCGUAGAGCGCUCGAUAACGCAAUCGCCAUCUGCAAACCAGGCACACCAUACAGGAACAUUGGCGGGGAGAUACAGCCGACUUGCGACGAGCAGGGCUUCUCAGUCGUCAAGACUUACACAGGUCAUGGCGUUGGCAGAGAGUUCCAUCAGGCGCCAACUAUCCUCCAUCACUCCAAUCUGCGCAGCAAGGGCGAGAUGAAAGUGGGGCAGAUAUUCACUAUCGAACCUAUGGUAAAUGCUAGCAAGAGCUACCAUGUUGAACAUUGGAAUGAUAAUUGGACUGCUGUUACUCGCGAUGGCGUUAGGAGUGCGCAGUUUGAAGAAGCUAUUCUCAUCACUGAGGGUGGUUGCGAGGUUCUCACUGCGGAUGACGAUUAUUCUCCACCUGCUGACCAUAUCUCCAUUCCCCAUGUAAAGGCUGAUGAGGGUGUUGUCACGAUCAGUGAUAUAUAG